AUGGCAGAUCUCCCUAAGUUCAACCCUUCUCUUAACAUCCCCCCCAUUAAGUCCAAAGUGACCAGGGAACCAGGUUUGGAAGACGGUGGAGUGAAAACGGGAGAACCGUCCGCUCCAGUUUUCACCCGUAAGCUUCGCAAGGCCGCGGUGGGAACGGGCUGUGACAUCCGACUUCGGGUGUUGGUGUCAGGACACCCGAAACCGUUGCUGACCUGGUACCGCAACGACGAGCUGCUCCCCCCCUCGGACUCCCAGGACUCAGGAGGGCUGUGGAUCCGGGACUGUCGAACGAGCGACGCCGGCCUGUACACCUGCGUGGCGACCAAUGAGCUGGGAGACGCGUCCUGCAGCGCCGUGCUCGCCGUCAUGGACCUCGGUGAAGACUCAGAGACCACAGAGGAUGAGACCACAGAGCCUCAGGUGGAAACCAAAGAGGAAAAAGCCGGCAGGAGAGGUCCCUCAGGUGAGGGAGGAAGGAUGAUGGAGUAUAACCCGGACGCCGCGGACCGCAGGGCCACCCUCCCCGGCACCUACGACCCCGUGGUGGAGCGGGAGCUCCGGGCCCUGGGCUCCCGCCCCCCGGGGCCGCACCUGGACCCCGCCAACCCGGCCAGGACUCAAACAGCAGAGGAGCCACGGGGGCUUUCCUCCUGUGCCCCCCUGUUGCCCCCCCAGGCACCUUUCGGCGCAAACAAAAACGGCGUCGACGCACGGAAGCGGGAACCGGAAAACCGCGAGCCCUCCGACCCCCGGGCUCCCAAGAACGUCCGGUCGUCCGGAGUGGCCACGACCCCCAAAAUGGCUCGCGCGGGGCCCAAGAUUUUUGACAAGGUCCGGGCUUUUGAGCAGCGGCGGGCGGAGGAUGAGGAGGAGGAUGGAAGGACGAAGAGGAGGGCGGCGUUCCAGAAGCGGGCCUCCUCGCUGGAGGACGAGACCGGCUACUCCCAGAAGGUCCAGGGCUACCAGAACAAGUUCGCCCAGGAGCUCCAGAGGAUCAAGAAGCUGGUGGGGAAGCCCGGCCUGAGGAAGGCCUACUCCGUCGAGCAGCUCUCGCCGAGGGAGGGCGGGCCGGCCACCGGGAAAAUCGAGCCCAUCCCCCCCCGCGUGGUGGAAAAGCUGGAGGCCAGGCGGCGGGCCCUGGAGGAAGGAGACCCGGGCGGUGGGAAGAAGGAGAGGGACGGGACGGCGCGAACGGUGGAUUUUCCAAUGGGAAAAAGCGUGGGGGAAAGCUCUGUUACCAUGGAAACGCAGCCGGUUCACCAGUUACCAGGACAACCGGUGCCAACGGCUCCAAGGAAAAGCCAAACCAGCGAUCAAGGACCGCAGGCGGCCGGCAAAACUGCGUCCAGAAGCCUUCGGUCCCCCUCCAAAGACACAGGACCGGAUUCAAAGACCGACCGGGUACCCAGCCCAACGGGGAAGAGGGAUCCAGGGUCCCGCCACCCGCCCAAACCUUCCAGGCUAUCCCCGUCGCCCACCCUGUCCUCCAGCCCGACCUCGAAGAAGAGGAGGGCCGAAGCCGGUCGGCAUUCUCCGGCCGCCCCGAAAGCGGACAUCCCCACGAUCCUGAUCGAGGACGAAUCCAUGGAGAGCCGAACCGCCCCGAGCCGGACCGGGAAGAGGGAUGGAAGGGUUCGAAAGAGCAAGAUGGGACGAUCGGCUCGGCCCAGGACGUCAGAAGAAGGGGGCUCUUCGGACGACUCCUACCUCUCGGCCGACGAGGAAACGGGCGAGGGCCCGGCGUUCGAGAAGCCUCUGGAGGACAUGGCGGCACGCAGUGGCUCCGAAGUCAGGCUGCAGUGCGUCGUCACCGGAAGCCCGGCCCCCACCGUUACAUGGAGAAAGAAUAACGUGGAGCUGCGGAGCGACGCCUUCCAUUCGAUCAAGGCGGAGGGGGGGAGGCACAGCCUGCUGAUAAAGGAGAUGGGGCCUCACCACGCCGGCUCCUACAGCGUCCAGGCGGUCAACGCAGCCGGCCGGGCGUCCUGUGCCGCCACCCUCUACGUCCGAUCGGAGCCGACAAGCGUCCAGCACGGAAAACCGCCGGUCCCCCCGGAUGUCAGCAGCCCGGUCCAGUCGGAUGAGGAGUAUCUGAGCCCUCAGGAGGAGAUGAUGGAGGUCGGAGACUCGACUCCUCGGAAUAAAGGCGUCCUCUUGAAAGAGCCACCCUCAUUUCUGGUGGCACCAUGUGACCAGGGGCUAACCGAGGGUCAAGAUGUUGUCCUGGCAGCGAGGGUCGCGGGGCAGCCCAGACCCAUGGUGUACUGGCUGAAGGACAGGCUGAUGGUGAAGACGGCGGGGCGCUUCACCGUCCGAGAGACGGAGAGCGGCGCCAGCGAACUGAGGAUCAGCUCAGCCCGGAAAGAAGACGCGGGCCUUUACGUUUGCAAGAUCGUCAACGAGUACGGGGCAGAGCAGGCGGAGGCCAAGCUGGAGGUCGGAGCCGCGGCGCCGACGGCUCUGAAGAUCACCGGGGAGGUCAAAGACGCGUCGGUUCGGGCUGGAGAGUCGGCCGUCUUCGACUGCCACAUCACGGGGCCGGCAGACGUGGAGGUAGACUGGCUGUCCAACGGAAAGCUGAUCCAGCCGGCGCUACUCAACUGUAAGAUGCACUUUGAUGGAAAGAGGUGUCGUCUCAUGCUAAACUCUGUGCACGAGGACGACAGCGGAGUAUACACCUGCAAGCUGAGCACUGCCAAAGAGGAGCUGACCUCAAGUGCAAAUUUGAAAGUCACUCCAUCCAGAGAGCCUCUGUUCACUCGUAAACUAGACAUCUUGGAAGUCAUCGAAGGGCGCACGGCUCGAUUUGACUGUAAGGUGAGCGGAUCGCCUGCUCCACGAGUCACAUGGAUGCACUUUGAGACCCGAGUGGAAGAAAACGACAAUGUCCGCGUCCUUCAAGAGGGGGGUCGCCACUCUCUCGUCAUUGCCCACGUCAGCACCGAAACGGAAGGCUUUUACACGGCGGUGGCUCAGAACGCGCACGGGAAGUCCGAAUCCACCGCCGAGCUCUACGUGCAGGAACCGAGGGCCGCCAUCUCCUCGCACAUGGCCAAGUUGGAGAAGAUGCCGUCCAUCCCCGAGGAGCCGGAAAUGCUGGAGAGUGAGGUGGAGAGGAGGACCAUGCCGGACUUCCUGAAACCUCUGGCCGACGCGGAGGUCAUCGAAGGGAAGGAGUCGGUGCUGAAAUGCAAGGUGGCCGGCCUGCCCUAUCCGACCAUCGCCUGGUACCACAACGGCAAGCGCAUCGAGAGCAGCGAGGAGCGCAAGAUGACUCAGUACAGGGAUGUCCACAGUCUGGUUAUUAGGAGCGCUUGUCAUGCUCACGGGGGCGUCUACAAGGCCGUAAUCUCCAACAAAGUGGGCAAAGCGGCGUGCUACGCCCACCUCUACGUUACAGAUAUUGUUCCGGACCCUCCCGAUGGUCCUCCAGUGAUCGAGGCCAUCACAGGGAAAACUAUAAGCCUCAGCUGGAAGAGACCAAAGAGGCUUGAGCCAUCCCUGGAUGCCACCUCCUUGCUGUAUGUGGUCCAGCAGCAGCCUCUGGGCUCAAUCCAGUGGUCUGUCGUGGCGUCUAACCUGAAAGAGACAAACUACACCGUCGCCUCCCUGUCGAAGGGAGUUCGUUAUGCGUUCAGGGUCCUUACAUCCACCGGGAAGACACUCAGCAAACCAUCCCCAUCCACCGAUCUGGUCCAGCUGCUGGACAGAGGGCCAUAUCUGAGGAAAGCUCCGAUUAUUUUGGACAAACCAGACGUAGUGUACGUGGUGGAGAAUCAACCUGCAAGCAUCACCAUCACACUGAACCACGUGCACGCAGUGGUCACCUGGAAAAAGAGGGGCGUAGUGUUGAUCAACAGACCGGGAACGUGUGAGAUGAGCAUGCCGGACGAUGAUCAGCACACCCUGACGCUACAGCGGGUCAAAAGCACCGACGCCGGCCAGCUGGUGGUGACUGCCUGCAACCAGUUUGGCAGCGACCUCUGCACGCUUCAGCUGGCCAUGGCAGUUCCUCCUAAAUUUGAAACCAUCAUGGAAGAUUUGGACGUGCGUGUCGGGGAUAUGUGCCGGCUGGCUGUGGAGGUCGAAGGGAAGCCGGACCCAGACAUCCUGUGGUUUAAGGAUGAUGCUCUUCUCUCCGAGGGCAGCCACUUCACGUUUGUGUACGACGAUCCGGAGUAUUCUCUGGUGGUCCUCAACGCCCAGCCGGAGCACUCGGGCGUGUACACCUGCACGGCCAGGAACCUGGCCGGCUCCAACUCCUGCAAGGCCGAGCUCACGGUCCACACGGAGCGAAAAGAAGAGGCCGAGCCGAUGGAGGACGAGGGGACCAUUCUGAGGAAGAUGAGGCGUUUGACGGAUUACUACGACGUCCACAAAGAGAUCGGGCGGGGGGCCUUCUCCUACGUGAAGAGAGUGACCGUCAAGAAGGGAAAGGCAGAAUUUGCUGCCAAGUUCAUCUCCGCCCGGGGAAAGAGGAAAGAAUUGGCGCUCAGGGAAAUGGAUCUGCUGUCCGAGCUGGACCACGAGAGGGUUCUCUACUUUCACGAUGCCUUUGAGAAGAAGAACGUGGUGGUGCUCCUCACGGACUUAUGUCACGAGGAGCUGCUGGAGAGAAUGGCCAAGAAAACCGCUGUCAUGGAAUCAGAGAUCCGCAGCAGCGUUCGGCAGAUUUUGGAGGGCCUUCGCUAUCUUCACCAAAAAAGCAUAGCUCACCUCGAUAUCAAGCCUGAGAACAUUUUAAUGGUGAGCCCGGGGAGUGACCAAAUUCGCAUUUGUGACUUUGGAAACGCCAUAAAAUUGGAUGCUUCGGAGGGGUGCUACUGCAAAUAUGGCACCCCCGAGUAUGUCGCGCCAGAGAUUGUUAACCAGACCCCCAUUUCCACUGCAACAGACAUCUGGCCCGUUGGUGUCAUCACUUACCUCUGUCUGACUGGAGUGUCUCCGUUCGCCGGGGAGGAUGACCGAUCCACUGCCCUCAACAUACGGAACUACAACGUGGCGUUCGAGGAGAGCAUGUUUUCUGGCCUCUGCAAAGAAGCAAAGGGAUUUGUCAUCAAGCUCUUAGUGGUGGACAGACUGCGGCCCAGUGCAACGGAGGGCCUCCGUCACCCUUGGUUGAAGUCGCCUACAAAUAAGGGCAUCAGCACCACCAUGCUUAAGCAGGUUCUCUCUAGAAGGCGAUGGCAGCGAUCCCUCAUCAGCUACAAAUCCAAGAUGGUGAUGCGGUCCAUCCCAGAGCUCCUCAAUGACUCGUCGAACCACGUCUCCAUCGCCAUGCCACGAAAUCUAAAAGAGGGCUCCCCGCCGCCCUCCUCCUCGUCCGACUCCGAUGCAGAUGUGGAUGAACUUCCCUUUAUUCCAAUGCCACUGUCCAUGUUUUUUUCUGGCUCCAGGGUGUCCCUUAAUGAGAUCCCAGGUGAUGAAAAUGGCAGGCAGCCAGGUGUUGCUGGCGGUGGGACGAGGAGAAACGACAGCACAGACGUGGCAGGCUCUGGCGGAGGGGAUAUACAAAGAAUGAAAAACGAAGAGGAACCUCAGGAUGGGGAGAGAGCGGGGAAACGAGCUGCUCUCAGCAAAGGGUCGAGCGUGGAGGCCGAAGAAUCGCAGACCAAAGCCAGGCGAGCUACCAUGAGGAGAGGCAGCUCUGCGGACUCAGCGCUCCUUCUCCACAUCGACCCGGAGGACGAAAAUGCAGAUGAAGAUUCGGCGGGCAAUAAAAACAGCCUGAAAAAGGCUGUUUCCAUGGAACUGCCCAACCGCAGCCCGAGUCCCGGGGCAACCAAGUUAAGCCAGGAGGAUUACGCUCUGAAACUGGAUUUAAUGAGGCAGCGACUGCUGAGGGGAGGGAGUGCCGAUAAAAAGAUGAGCGGGCUGAGGGGGCCCCUGUUCGAAACGCUCGGCGUGAAUGACGAGAGGCGGACGGGGUCGCUCGAUCGGAACCUGAGGCGAUCACGGGCGGGUCCGUCCACGCUCACGAGAGCGGCAUCUUCUGAGAGCGCCGGGGAGGACGUGCCGAAGACCAAAGUGUUUCGUAAGAGCGUCUCCUUCACCCAGGGCGACUCUGAGCCCAUACCCCUUCACCGCAGGUUCGGGGCCCCCUUAGAGAUUCCCUCGGCGGGCAGCGCUAGCGCGGCGGGGAGGACACUCCAGGAGGCCAUCUCCAUGUCCGCACUGACUGAACAAGCCACGCUUGAGUCUCAACCUCCCUCGCCCAGGGAAAGACCUUCCUUCGAAUUCCCGGCACAAGAAAAAAUGGACCAAUCGCAGAGUAAGGGCAAUGUGAGAGAAUGCGAGGACGCAGAUGUAAUAGCAGAGAAAAGGACCAAAAUUCAACUCGACAAGGGAAGCAAAGUGGAAUCGGAGUCGAGAUCCCCCUCCGUUGUCACCCCUAUAAUUGUAAUAGAAGAGGACGAUGAGGAAGAAGGAAGAAAAUAUCCAAUCUUACAAACAAAUGAAAAGGAAAUGGAAGAUUCAGGGGUCAUUCAAGCUGUUGAUGUUACCGCUCAAACAUCAGUCAAACCCCACUCCAAAGAUGUUGCUCCUACAGUCAAACCAAGUGAUACAAAGUCUGGUGGUACGUCGGCCUUGUCUGAACAUCCAGCAGUUUUUGCCAAAAUAGCAACUGGGGACGGACCUUCCGGUCCCGUCUCCUCCUCCUCGUCGAACCCUGAUCUUCUUGCCACGCCUCGUCGCCCCGUGCUUCGAACGGACAUCAAAGACAUCGAUUCAGAGGAAGUCUUUGAGGCGAGGUUCAAGAAGCGAGAGUCGUCGUUGACCCGCGGCCUCCGCAAACUGACCAGAAACAAAUCGGAGGAGAAAUCGCCUGUGUUAAGCCGCAAGCUGCCUGAUGGAGGGGAGGAGGUUUACAGGCCAGGGCCAAGAGGAGCUCCCAUUGAAAUGGUAUCCAAAGGUCUGCCAGAAAAAUCCAAAUCUGUUCAAGACUUAAGAGAAGUAGAUCAGGACACUAGCCUUGGUCUUAUGGGGAGGUUUUCUUUGAGGGGGAGGCGGUCAACAUCCAGUGAGAAGAAGGGUGAGACGGCAAAGGAGGAAAAGCCAGCCAACCAACAAGAAACCGCCACAAACAAGAGAGUUUCAUGGGCCAUUGGUCGUAGCAAGUCUCUGGAUACGAAGGAGCUGAAUGGUGGCGGAACACAGAAGCGGCCGGAGGAGAGAGAGCAAACAAAAGCUGACGAGUCAUCCGUUUCUGCCAUGAGGCGCAAGUUUGAGUCCAAAGUGGCUGGAAUUUCUGCCAAAAUAAGGAGUCAGUCGGAGGAGAGGAAGGCCAAAGAGGCGGGGGAGAGUCCAAAAGAGCCGGUGGAGAAGAAUUCGAAAAAGGUCCCGGAGUCGCCCGUCUUAGCGAUGCGGCAGAAGUUCGAGAACAAAGUGGCCGCCAUCUCCACGAAACUCCGCAGUCAGUCGGAGGAAAGGAAAGCCGAGGCGGACGGUAAGGGCACGCCUCUGUUUGCCCGCCACCGGCACUCCCAAUCAGAGGGCCGCGGGCUUAAGGGAAUGGGCAUCCCCGAGAACCAGCUGGCAAAACAGACCGGCGCCGCUGCAUCCAAGGAGUCCAUCGAGUCCGCGUCCAGCAUCCAAUCUGAAAAAGCAUCGGAAAGUGAAAGAAGAUCACGUUGGGACAGGUGGGGUCUGACAAGAGGCAAGAGAGACAAAACCCCCUCUCAGUCGGAUUUGUCCACGGCUGUCCCGAAAGAAGAAGGGUUCAAGGAAAGCCAGCAGUUUUCCCGCUCCGCUUCGGAUUUUGCUCCGGUGUUCCACAUUAAACUGAAGGACCACGUCUUGUUAGAGGGGGAAUCCGUCACCCUCAGUUGCCUUCCAGCUGGCAGUCCCCAUCCAGAAAUAACAUGGAUGAAAGAUCGGAAAUCAUUUGAGCCGACCGAUGAUCGAAUCCACCUCGUAUCCCAUCCAGAUGGAAGGCAGCUUCUUACAAUCCAGAGUUCCAGCCACAAGGAUGCUGGAGUUUAUGAAUGUGUGGCUACAAAUCCCAUAGCCACUAUCACUACCUCUUGUAAACUCUCCAUUGCCUGUGUCCCAAAACGACCAGGGACCCCAGAAGUAGCUCAGACUUACAACAACACGGCCUUGGUACUGUGGAAGCCUGUGGACGCGAAAUCUCCAUGCAGCUAUUCUCUGGAAAGAAAAGCCGAAGGCGAUUCAAAGUGGGUAACCGUCGUCACGGGAGUUGUCGACUGCUACUACAACGUCACCGACCUGCCACUAGGCAGAACUUAUAAGUUCCGUGUCUCCUGUGUCAACAAGGCUGGACAAGGCCCGCACAGCAGCUGCUCUGCUCCAGUGUGCCUGGAUUCCACAGCUGGUGGAGCUUCACCUUCCAUUGCUGUUGUGAAGACGGUGCCAGCUUCGUCUGAAAAGCUGCUCACCUCCUCUGUAACAGUCCCUCUGCUAAAAGCAGGUCAGAGCAGUGCUACCAGGACACCUCAGCCUCCCAUCACCUCCACCCCCUCCUCUCUUGCAACCCCACACUCUCUUCAGACUCCGUAUCCUCCGUCCAAGACGGCGGUUACUCCCUCCCCUCUGCCCGCCGGCCCUACCGCAAACCCUCCUCCACCACUGGCCGGUGAAGACGCUAAGAAAAUAAGCGCCGCACCCCCAGCUCUGCCCGUCGUCAAGGCUCCCCCUCCCUUUGUGCUCCCUAAACCUCAGAGUCCAGUAAAUGUGGUUACCCCCAUGACCCAGACCCCGGCUAUACCCCAACCGCAAUCUCUUGUAACCCCGCCUCCCGCACCAACGAAACCAGCCGUGGCCUCCGUUCCCACUUACAUCUCGACGGCCGGCGCCACGGCUCGAGUGGCUCCGACUCCCGUGGCUCCGACUCCCGUGUCCUUCUCCCCGCAAGUCCUCCAGGCCUCGAGCCUAAGUCCUAUUGGAGAGGGUGCCAGCACCCCCACCAGAGGCACUCCGUCGGGGCGUGCCACACCCUCCACCGCCCUGCGACAGGGAGUUCCUCAGAAACCGUACACGUUCCUGGAUGAAAAAUCCAGGGGUCGGUUUGGAGUGGUCCGCGAAUGCAGGGAGAACUCCACAGGGAAAAUCUACAUGGCCAAGAUCAUUCCCUACACUCAGGAGAGCAAGCAGGACGUGCUGAAGGAGUACGAGAUCCUGAAAUCCCUCCACAACGAGAGGGUCAUGGCACUGCAUGAGGCAUACGUCACACCACGCUACCUGGUGCUGGUGGCAGAGUACUGCACCGGCAAAGAACUGCUGUACAGCCUCAUAGACAGGUUCCGUUACUCCGAGGACGAUGUGGUGGGUUACUUGGUCCAGAUCCUCCAGGCCAUCGAGUACCUCCACAGCCACCGGAUCCUCCACUUGGACCUCAAACCCGACAACAUCAUGGUGACCAACCUCAACGUCAUCAAAAUUGUGGACUUUGGCAGCGCUCAAAGCUUCAACCCGCUCAGUUUGAGACAGCAUGAAUCUGGAGCAGGAACACUGGAAUACAUGGCUCCUGAAAUGGUGAAAGGUGAAGUUGUUGGUCCUCCGGCGGACAUUUGGAGUGCUGGAGUUGUGACCUACGUCAUGCUAAGCGGUCGGCUACCGUUUGAAGAUAAGGACCCUCAACAAAUUGAAUCCAAGAUCCUGAUGGCAAAGUUUGACCCAACAAAACUGUUUCCUAACGUGUCCCAAAGUGCCUCGGCCUUUCUGAAGAAGACGUUGAGCAGCUACCCAUGGGCCCGCCCGACCACGCGUGACUGCUUCACGCAGGCCUGGCUCCAGGACUCCUACCUGAUGAAGCUCAGGAGGCAGACGCUCACCUUCACCUCCGGCCGGCUCAAGGAGUUCUUGGUGGAACAGCAGAGCCGGCGCGCCGAGAGCGCCACCAAGCACAAGGUGCUGCUGCGCACCUACCAGGGCUCGCCCCGGUCCCCGGCGGCCGGGACCGGACCCCAUGUCCCCAGCCCAAAGUGAGACGACGACAGCAAAAAAGUCGCACGAACAGGCAAACGCUCCGAGCACGUGUUGAGUUUUGAUUUGGGAAAUAUUCCGAGACCCAGCAACAAGGUUGAUUCUGAGAAGAACCAAAAGAAUGAACGACAUUCAGACCUGCUCGUGAACUGACGCCGCAAAGGGACACAGGGUGUUUCUUUAGAGAGUUUUGUCGGUCACAUUUGUGAAUUCCGAAAUUGCACAUCGAUAUUUGCUUUCAACAACUACUAGUGUACAGUCUGCACGAUGAACCUGGAACUAACAUCACUCAGUUUUAUAGUUACCAACUCAUGGGAAUGUGCUAUGAAGUAAGUUGCUAACUUACUGUUUCAUUCUGUCACGUUUUAGACAUUAAAAACCAAAAAUAGUUUAUUUUUCUUUCCCUUUGGAAAUUUGUUUACUGUUUUUCAUGUUAAUUUAUUUGCAUGUGGGUGUGAGUGUGUGUGGGUGUAUAUGUAUGUGUGUGCAUGAGCAUUUUUGAUUCAUUUAAAAUUAUCAGUAAGGCAAACAAAACAAAACAAAAAAACUCUAAGGCGUGUCUGUGAUUGGUGUCAAGUCAUCCAGUAAAAUAUUUUUGGGGUGUGAUAGGAAUUUCUCAUUUGUGCAACUCCUUGUUCUGUGGUUAAUCCUCAACACUAACGGUUAAACUGAUGUUAAAGAAUGUCAAACUCUGGUUAAAUUGAUGUGAUUUGUCAGUAUCAAACAUCAGUUAGUCUGGUUAUUCAAGUCACGAUCAUCCAGGUAGUGCCUAAAUUGGAUUAAGGUCCAAAAUAUCAAUCUUGUAAAUGUGUUUCCAUUGGUUCUAAAGGAAGAGUUUCAUUACAGUAUUCGGACGUUAGAAUAACUGCAAGAUGACUGUAGAUUCAUACAUUCAUUCAUAGGGUACUUACACAAAAGUCCUUGUUAUAAUAGAGAGUCCUGUGUACUGCUUUAUCACAGUGUUCUUUUUUGUAUGAAUUUGAAUGGUUAAAGAUUUUUAAAUGUACCAAUUUGCUGUGUUCAUAUGUGGCAAAAGUUGAAAAGCGUUUUUAUGAGAUAGUAUGUAAUAAACUAUUGAUAC